GUCGCCGCCGCCGCCGCCGCUCCCGCCGCCGCCGCCGCCGCCGAGGUGACUGAGGAGAGAGGCGCCUCCUCGCUCCCGCCUCCGCCGGCCUUCAAUGCCCAGUCCUCAGCUCGCCAGCGUUUUUCGUUGGAAUAUACGUUGCACAUUUAUGGCGAUUCUGAGUGUGAGGGCAGACUUCUGCCAGGCUCAGCACAGCGUUUUUGCUGACAAGUGAGCUUGUGGGUUAUAUGUGCCAUAAUUAACAUUGCCUUGAAGACUCUGGACACCGAAACUGGCCUCAGAAGUAGUAGGCUUUUUUUUUUUUAAUUGCAAGCAUAUUUCUUUUAAUGACUCCAGUAAAAUUAAGCAUCAAGUAAACAAAAGUGGAAAAUAACCUACACUUUUAACUUGUCUCACUAGUGCCUAAAUGUAGUUUAAAGGCUGCUUAAAUUUUGUAUGUAGUUGGAUUUUUUUGGAAGCUGAAGGUAUCCAUCUGCAGACAUUGAGGCCCAAGUUGAAUUUGGAUUCAAGUGGAUUCUUAAUAUUCUGCCUGUGUUGAAGAGAGAAGCUUCAUAAGGAAUAAACAAGUUGAAUAGAGAAAAUAGAGAUCAAUAAUAGGCAUUUUAGUGGUCUUUUUAAUGUUUUCUGCUGCGAAACAUUUCAAGAUUUAUUGAUUUCCUCCUCCCUACCAUUUUCCCCACCACACUCACACACGCACGCUCACACUUUUGAUUUGCCACAAUGAACCGUCCAGCCCCUGUGGAGAUCUCUUAUGAGAACAUGCGUUUUCUGAUAACUCACAACCCCACCAAUGCUACUCUCAACAAGUUCACAGAGGAACUUAAGAAGUACGGAGUGACAACUUUGGUUCGAGUUUGUGACGCUACAUAUGAUAAAGCUCCAGUUGAAAAAGAAGGAAUCCAUGUUUUAGAUUGGCCGUUUGAUGAUGGAGCUCCACCCCCUAAUCAGAUAGUAGAUGAUUGGCUAAACCUGUUAAAAACCAAAUUUCGGGAAGAGCCAGGUUGCUGUGUUGCAGUGCAUUGUGUUGCAGGUUUGGGAAGGGCUCCUGUGCUAGUUGCACUUGCGUUGAUUGAAUGCGGAAUGAAGUAUGAAGAUGCUGUUCAGUUCAUAAGACAAAAAAGAAGGGGAGCAUUCAAUUCCAAACAGCUGCUUUACUUGGAGAAAUACCGACCUAAGAUGCGAUUACGCUUCAGAGAUACCAAUGGGCAUUGCUGUGUUCAGUAGAGUAGAGGAAGGCUGACUGGAUCGUGGCAUAGAGGGAACUCUUGGUACCUGGAAAUGUGAACCUGGAAUCUUACUGUGUCAUCAAAGUAGUAAUGGAUUCAGUACUCCUCAACUCCUAAUGAUUGAGAAGAAAGCAAGCGAUAAAGAAAUCCCUCUAUAACACGAAUAAAAUGUUUAAGAAAAGAAAAAAGAAAGGAAAAGGGAUUAAUUUAGUGAAAGAUGAUUAUGCUCCUAGUUUUGGAGUUUUGAUUUCUGCCAGGAUUGAAUUAUUUUAAAAUCUCCUGUGUUUUUUAAGCUUUUUCAAAAUAGAUGUCUGAGGAAAACCAGCAGAAUAUUAACCAGUGUGGAGCCAGUUGUCGGGGAGCACACUCUUCAUUAUGCUUGGCACGUAGGUCUCUUUGUGGCGGGAUUUGGGGGAGGUAGAUUUUUCUCAUGUCUCUUCCAGCCCCCUCCCAUCUCCUGAUACAUGUAGAUGGAAUAGGAAGAAGCCCUUGUUGCUGUAGGUGUGCGUGUGUCUGACAGCCUUAAGCCCACCUGGGCACCACCAACAAAAAAUAACCCCCACCCCCGAAAAAAAAAAAAGAAAGAAAGAAAGCAGUGGGACAUAUAUGAUUCAGGUGGUUUUUAGUCUAUUGAUGAUGGGUGUUCAUGUUAGUUUCUUUCCGCACAGCCCUGAUCUAACAUUAGAGUGUCAGAAGUAGCCAGGAGCCUUUCGUUUGGGUAAAUGGUGAGGAAAUGACAUUCUAAAGAGGCUGUUUGCUAUAAUUGAGUUGAGAGAAUCCUUUUUUUUUCCCCCCAACAGUGAAACAGUGGGCAUCCCAGAAACUAUUGAAAAGAUGUGUCCAGGAGAGUUAGUAUGUUUCUACAACUGUAGAACUGUAGGCUGUGGGUUUGCUAUCUAAAGAUGUCAUGGAAAAGCAGUAUCUUAAAAUUUUAAGACUGAUUUUAGAAAUAGUCAGAGAAGCAACAGAACACUCACAGUGUUACAGUCUUGAGAAAUGCAUGUGGUGGUGGUUUUCAAAUUACUCUUUGUACAGUUCAGUGUAACCACCUGACACCUUGUUAUUACUAGAUUGUUCUGAGAUUAAAAAAAGAAAGAAAAAAAAUCAUGGUCAGACCCAGCCUUACCUAGUGAGUGUGUGUCCCCGCUGUAACAGGGUGGAAGAGCAAUGGCAGGCAGCCCAGUGAGCAAGUAGCAAAGGGGGCUGCGGUGCUCCCGGCAUACAGUGGCGUUUUGUGGGCUCUGCUCAAUGUGUUGCUACAGAAAAGCUCUUUCCUUACUUGCAGAAGGCAGUUGAAUAGGCUGUGAUGACAAAGCAAGUAGAGGGGCAUCUCCUGGGACCCCCUCUUCACCUAAAUGUUUCAUACUUGACAGCCCCCUGUGCCCCAAGCCCUGAGUGCAGGCCUGCAGUCUGGUGAUGCACUGUGCAGAGCCAGACUUCCCAUUUUGUUAGUGUCAGCUAGGCCAGGAGGAUGGGUGAUGUCUCACUGAUGACACUUUACUGUCGCUGGAAUUGCUCUGAUUUUGACUAAAUGCAAAUAUGUAGAGUCCUUCCUGCCUUUUCCCAGAAAAUGAAAAAUAAUGCUUUUGACAUUGUGUCUAGAAUUUUAAAGUAAAAAUGGUGAAUCAGUCCAAAGUUAUCUUCAGAACAUGACAGUAGAUUGCUUUAACAUAGGUAUCUUACCCUUUAAGUUUAGAUUGGCUGUUGACUCCCAAGGGUUUUGAUCAAUACCAGCAAAACCUUUUCCACUUGACAUGCUAAGAAUUUUUUUUUUUUUUUGGGAGGGGGGUGCGUGUGUGCGCGUGCAUGUGAGCGUGUGAGCACAAGAGCUCCUGUGAGGGUAUGUGCAUGCAGGUGUCCAUCAGUAUCAGUGCCUGCCUGAGACAAUUGCAUUCCUAGUUCUCUGUGAGGAGAAGGGUAUAUAAAGCAACAUAAAACAGCCUCAUUUGUCUUAAAUAAGACUAAUGUUAAUUGUUCUCAGAACUGGACUUUUCCCCUCAAAAUUAAAACUUUUUUUUCUUUUGGAUUUAAUGAAGUAUUGCUAGCUGAAGCCAGUUUGACAUGUGAGAGAGAUGUCAGACUGAUGAAAGGUGUGCAGCUUGAUUUAAAACCAAACCCUGAACCCUUUUAAAGAACAAUAAAACAUAUUUUACAUGCUC